AUGGUAAUUGGGUUGAUUUUGAUAUCGGCAACAGUGUCGCUGCUAAUCCAAAAUUCAUGCGGGCAACAUUUGAAAUUGGAAUUUGACAAAUUAAGAGGUUCCAGUUUCGAGAAUUCUUUCUCUACUUUCAAACCGGUUUUGUCUAAAAGGUAUAAUCAAGACACUGGAACUUUAGAAUCACCUUUGCUGCAGCAAUACCAAUUUUACUCCUUGAAUUUAGAAAUUGGCACUCCGAGACAAUCAGUGGUGGUACUUUUGGACACGGGGUCUUCUGAUUUAUGGGUCUCGUUGCCUUCAAACCCGUACUGUAUGGAUCACACCGGCGAUCGCGCAGGCCAUCGAAAGCGCGAGUACACUUAUGCUCCUCAACCGACUUAUAGUGCAGCGCCUGUUACCACAAUAAGUGGGAUAGCAGUUGAACCCACUAUGGACUGCUCUCAAUUUGGAGUUUUUGAUGCUGGGAGAUCGACAAGCUUCCACGGCAAUGUGUCCGAGCCUUAUUAUAUACAAUAUUCGGAUUUUUCGUACGCAUAUGGUUACUGGGCAACUGAUGAUCUUACACUAGGAGGAACCGCUAUAAGCGAUCAACAAUUCGCCGUGGCGACGAGAUCUAACACCUCCGUGGGCGUUUUGGGGAUUGGACUUCGAAAAUUGGAGGCUGUGACAGGAUACACGAAUGCAAGCAACGAGAAUUAUGACAAUUUCCCUCUUACACUGAAAAAAAAUGGCAUUAUUGCAAGGACAAUUUAUUCUCUGUUCCUUAAUUCUCCGGACGCCAAUUACGGUACGAUUCUUUUCGGUGGUGUUGAUGCUUCAAGAUAUACGGGACAGCUUUACACUCUUCCAUUGGUUAACGUUUUCACUUCUUAUGGCAUUUCUCAACCUGCUGAAUUCGACAUAACUGUUCAAGGUCUCGGAAUGCGAUCAGCUUCGAAUUGCCGUCAGGCAACUCUCAGCACGGUCAAAUUUCCAGCUUUGCUGGACUCUGGAACUACUCUAAUGUAUAUUGACGAGGCGAUCGCCGAACGCAUUGCUGAUUUCCUUAAUGCAACAUGGUCAGACGAUUGGGGGUUCUAUACGUUCGAUUGCAAUUCAAGCUACAAUGACACGGAGAUUGUGUUCGAAUUUGGAGGCUUCCAUAUAAGGACUCCUGUGAAUAAUUAUGUGCUCGAAACUGAUGACGAUGAAACCUGUGCAUUAGGAAUUGUACCGAGCGACCAACACGCGGUAUUUGGAGACGUCUUCUUGACCUCUGCCUAUGUUGUGUACGACUUGGACAAUCUGGAGAUUUCGCUUGCGCAGGCUAACUGGGGUACUACUUCAGAUGAUAUCUCUGAGGUGAUAGGAGCGAUCCCAGGUGCGAAGAAGGCACCUGGUUACAGCAACAGCUGGACAGCUUCGGCUGCGAAACUUGAUAUUGUUACGAGUGACAUUUUUGAGGGUUUCUCUAUAAGCUGCAAACCCACGCUCAAUAGUCACACCACAAGUACUUCUCCAUCAUCGCUGACAUCGAAUCUCAUUAAUUCUAGUGUACUGGCCAACAACACUGUUGACAUAAAACCGAAUGGCAGUACUAGAUCAUACCAAAUAACGCAACUGUCGUCGACGCAUAAUGCCAUAACCAGUUCUACAUCUAACAUGGACGAAAACGGCUCAUGGCAGUUCGUCUAUUCUACGCUUAUUCUCAUUGAUCAUGUUACCGUGACCAACUCGUCGUGUUGCGCAACACCGAGUGUGAGUGCGCUCACAGAGAAGCAAAAUGAUGAUGAAGAACGCAAAGCUUCGCGUUUUGUUUCCGUUUCCACCAGCACAAUGUCAUCAAAAGGAACAGUCAAAGCAGAGCAAACUGAGCUGUUUUCCCAGAAUUCCGCCAUGAGCUUCAAGACCUUUCACUUACCGUUCUAUCUCGCAUGUAUUGUCCCCCUAAUGAGCCUUCUGACUCUCUAG